AUGACCGGCCGAGGAGGCGGUGGAGCUGCUCGCAAGACGCUGCUUGCGCCCAUCCAUUUUAUUUUCAAGCUUCUCCAGCAACGAACCACAGUGUCCAUUUGGCUGUAUGAGCAGCUCGCGUUCCGGAUAGAGGGAAAGAUCAGGGGAUUCGAUGAGUUCAUGAACCUAGUCGUCGACGAUGCCGUGGAAGUGAGAAUGGCUACAAAGACUGACGAGGAAAAGCGGAGACCAUUGGGUCAAAUCUUGCUCAAGGGCGACAACGUUUCUCUGAUCCAAGCUGUCCAAUGA